AUGCACGGUCCUCUAGUGGUUUUGGCACCCAUUGCCAAGUCACAUCCAUUCGAGGAAAGGAGGGCAAAGGUAAAAGUUCUUUGUUUUAGAAAAUUUAAUUUAUGUUCUUUCAAAGGUCGGUACAGAAGAGGAUCCGCUGAAAAUUGGCAGAGCUGUGGCUCGCAUCAAAGCGGCAAAGGAUAACGCGAUUUUCGACUGCAAAGUAUAAUUUUUUUCUUCAUUUUGGAUUUCCAUGGGCAGAUGAAAAAAAUUGUGAAAAAAAUUUCAGGUCUUGUCCCGCAACCAUGCGGUUAUGUGGUACAAGGAAGGCGAAUUUUUCCUGCGGGACACAAAAAGUAGCAAUGGAACGUUUGUAAAUAAUGAGAGAUUAACAGGUUAACAGUUUUCUUAUUCAAAUUUGAUUCUGAUGUUUUUUUUACAGGAGAUGAAAAUGAAGCCCGGCAAAUAUUCAGUGGCGAUAUUGUACAGUUUGGCGUGGAAAUCAUCGAGAAUACUAAUAAAUGUUCGUUAUAAUUCAAAUUUUGAUUUCCUAGCAUUUUUUUUAGUCAAAAGGAUCAAAUAAGUCGAGUUUUUCAUUUGCAUGAAUAAUAAAAGAUUCUCAAAGUGCAAAGAGGGAUUUUUUUUUUCUCGUUAUUUAUAUUAUUUUUCAGUGGCUCACGGCUGUAUAUACGCCAUUGCGCAAUUAUUUGACGCCGACGGGAAACUUGUAGAAAAUACGCCGACCUUGAAUCAUUCCGAUGAAGCGUUAGUAUACAGAAUUGAAUAACUUCGAUAUAUUUAUUUAUUCUAGUUACAAUUACGGCUCAUCGAUGGUGAGUAACAAUCAUCUGUUUCAAAUGCAACUGUACAUCACGGAGGCUAUGCAUAGGUAAUAAAGAAGUAAUUUAGUCUCAAAAUAGAAAUUUGAUUGUUUCAGGGAGAAAGUGCGGGAAGAGAAAAUGUCGGAGCUGAUCAAAAUCAUCGAACAAAGCGAACAUGCGGCCGACUCGGCCUGGAAAGCUCUGGUCAACGAGGACCGGCUAUUGGCAAGGUGGAGAUGAGAAAAUAUUACUAUCUUAGGACCUUGAGAGUGAUCCCUAUAGUGGUUUCGGGCCUGACCUCCUAUCCCCUAAAGCUUAAUUGGUCUCUAGACGUCUUUCAAUUUUCUCCAAUAACGCUUAUUUAUUCAGUUUUUCGCAUGCAAAUGCUUCUAGAGUUUAUAAAAAGUAUGUCCCCUAUAGGGGCGAUUAACUAAAGCCCCCAUAGAGACCACUUUUGCAAGCUUUGGUUGCCCUUAUAGCGGUUGGUAAUGUUGUCCCUAGAAGACCCCUCAAAGGACCCCUAUAGGGACCAUUCUGGAAAUCUCAAGUCAGAGCGGAAUGUUAAUGAGGAAUAGAGAAAAAAAAACAGUUCAUUUUUCGACUUUUCAGAUUUUCUAGAUGUUUUUCCAUUUUUUAGUUAAAUUCUGGUGUAGGUCAGCUUCUGUUUUUCCUUUUUUCCUAUCCUAAAAAAAAUUAGGGUCAUAUUUAUUUAUACCAAUCUUUCCAUAGAAGUCGCAUAAUCGACCAUAUUCAAUAUCAAUAACCUUCUUUUUUAUGCCGAGUUCCAGAAGAUUUGCUGAAGUAACGAUUAGUUUUUCCGAAGUUACUGGAAUCCUAAGCCUAUUUCCUCAAAGAAAUUUUCAAAACUCUCAAAAAUGUGAAAAUUAAUUUUUAAAAUUAUAAUGUUUUUUUUUUCAGAAUCGAAGCCCUUGAAGCUCAACUGGCCGCAUUUUCAAAGUCUUCGACACCCGAUAAACAGCGUGAAGAACUUCUGGCGAUGAUCGACGAGAAGGCGCGAUUCGAAGCCAUAACCAAAGAGUCGAUCAGGUUAUUCAAAAACGUCUCAUUUCAUUUUAUUCAUCAUUUUCUUCAGGAGAUUAUACGAGGAAAAGUGCGAAACGAUCUCCAGGCUCUCGGACACUGAAAGGAGUCUUGUUUCGACUGAGGACACGUGCAAUUUUCUGAGAAAAACGGUUUAUUUGUUGCUAGAAAUUCGUUUCCUCAUCAAACAAAUUUCUCAGAAAGAGGCGAUGGACGAGAAGCUUCGCGACAUGAGCGAGCUCUACGACAAAAAGGCCGCCGAGUACGAAUCUCUGGCGAUUCAGACGGCGGAAGCUGAAAGAUGUCUCGCCAUGGCUGAUGAACGGUUCCAGACCACCCAACAGGAUCUCCUUCAGGCCCAGAAGGAACGCGAUGCUCGUCAGUUUAUCUCUAAUUUAGUGAUGGGCGGAAAUGAAAUUUUUUUUUGAACCUUUCCCUGUUUUUCCUUCUUAGAAAAGUGAAAUUUUUCCUGGGCCAAUAUCGAGAUUUCACACAAAAACCUUUUUUUUAACCGAAAGUGUCAUGGUCCACUUCACAAAAAAGGUUGGGAUUUUUUUUUUUAAAUUUAGAUCCCACAACUCCCGGAUUUUUGAGAAAUAGUAAAGCCCCAAAACGGCCUUUUUUCACGGAUUUAGAGGGUUUUCUUUGACUUUCAGGUGUUCUUUUUUAAAACCUAGCAAUCUGUGCAGGUUGAGACUUUGAGGAUCUUCUUUUGGUACCUCAAGGAGUAUCCUGGCCAGUUUUCAAGAAAAUCACACGCGAUAAGUAAAAUUACCUUACUUGUCAGUUACAAACUAGCUUGGAAAGGGUUUUGUGAUAAUGUUCAUUUUCGGAAAACGAAACGCGGAAAAAAAAAGUCGAAUUCGCCCCCCAUCUCUGCUCUAAACUAGAGAAAAAAAGAGUCUUCAGCGAGAUCCGCCGGCUCUCAUCUCCGGAGCCUCGUUGACAUCUUCCACAAUGGGGCUGAGCUGGAACAGGAAGACGUCGAGCUUCUGCUCAACCUCGCCGCCGUCGCUAAGCCUCAUGUCGAGGAGACGCCUCUUGUCAAUGGCAUCGGUAAGAUUUAUUUCAUUUUUUUUUGUUUUUGAAUAGCAACAGAGGUUUUGAGCCGGAUUUAUUGUUGCAGAACUUGAUUCUGUAUCUUCAUAACACUAGAAAAAAAGAAGUUAGAAUAAUCAGAUGAAAAAUUUUUUUUCGCUAAUCGAUUAUCUCCCCCUCCCUGAGAUUCAUGCUUUUUCUGUCCUGAAUUAAAUGUGUUAUAAUCAGGUGAGAAAGCGAGUCUUCGGAAAACUUAUUAAGUAGUCUUGAAGGGUCUUUUUCAUUACAAAAAGGAGAUUCAUCAAGAACGAAGUUAUUUCGCUGACUAAAAAUAGGAUUUUUUUGCUCCUUUCCUGUUUUUUUUUUUUUAAUAUUUGUUCUUUGGUUUCACAUUUUUAUUUAGAAGCUUUUAACUUUGAUUUAUGACGGUCUGAUUAACUUGAAAUCGUAAUAUUUUCAGUGAAAAAAGAGGAAGAAGAAGAUUCGAACAAAGAAAACGUCAUGGCGCUCAAACUAGAAUCAGAAAGCUAUUUGAAAGAGACGUUGGAGUUACAGGGUAAGCAUUUUUGAUAUUUUUGAUUGGAUUCCUUGAUCUAAUGAUGGUUUUCUCGUAGAGUAAUCAAAAAUCAUUCAUUUCCACCCCUACUUUGUCGCUUUAUGAUGGGUAUUCCCUGCUUUGCAGCACGAGUACGAGACCUGGAAGCGCAGUUGACUUUGGCCCUCCAGAAGAAGCAAAACAACGAAAAUGCGGCUGACGGCGACGGAAGUUUGGACCUCGAAAUCGCGCCAGCCGACACCGUCUCCUGGGCGCCGACGCCGGAAUUUGUCGCGACGAAGAAGGAUUUUUUCGACCGGAGCAUCUCUGCAAAAGCUGUCUAUCGGGAUUCUCUCGCUCAAACGGUUUGCUUUUCUAGCUUCUCGCAUUAGUUCACGGCGAAAGGAGUCAGUCAAGGGAAGAUUUUGAAGUUAAAAGUUCUUGCUAUUUCUUGAAAAGUUAGGCGCCGAAAAAUGAUGUGAAAAAUUGGAAUAUCUAGUUAUUUAAGUGUCCAAUUCACAUUAAUCAUUUCAGAGACGAUUCUAGUAUUUUUCAAUUCGGAUUUUUCAAGAUUAGUUUAUCUUGAAGUCUAGUGGUUUGCAAAUUAGCUAUUUCAUUGGAAAGGAGUCUUUUUCAAUUGAGUUUUUUUAUGUCUCCAUUUGAUUGUGAAAUGAAUAAUGUUUUUUUAAACCUAAAAAAAGUCAUAAAGCAAUCAAAUUCUCAUGACGUGUAAACUGUUCGAACCAGCAAACUGAGCCCUUGCUUGGUCGGCUUUUUUUAAAGCCAUGCGAUUGAAGAAUUUCAAAUCUCUCAAACACUAUUUUAUUUUUCUUCUUUCAGAUCUUCAUGUUCUCGAUAGCCCCGCUGCUCGCCUUGAUCCUGUCUUUUAUCGUUCCGUUGCAUUCGAGGUUCUGCAAAAGUUCUUCAACUGACAAAAAAGCGGAUAAAGAAGAAUAACGAGUCCUAGGUGCCACUUCUCCUUUCUAUUUAUCUCUUGGACAUUCUUUUUCUAUAAAAUCAAGUGUUGAUCCUCGCCAUUGCUUUCGUCUGCGCUUACGGCUCAAAUUAUGGUUUCUUUUUUUGUGAAAUUCAUCUUUUUUCUUUUCAUCUCGGGUACAAUUUUCUUUUUAACCGAUUUUCGGUCGCUCUUAUGUUUUAUUGGGUUAAUUCAAUCAUAAUUUUAAGGUCAAAAUCAGUUGUGAAAAAAAAAAUGAUGGAGUAAGCAAAAUUUGCAAUGUCUUUGAUUACUUUUUUAAGAGUGACCGUCGUCUCACAAGGUAACUUUUCGAGGUCUGAACCAAAUUUAUGUGGUAGAUCGUCCUCGGUAUGAGUACUCGAAUAUGAAAAUCUGCUAAGCACCUUAGGGUACGGAUAACUAGCCUGUCGAAAAUGGACGCAAAAAUCUCAAAAACUGAUUUUCUUCGGUCUUUCGAUUUCUAAAACGUCUACUGUUUUGCACUAUUCCAUAAGAAACAGGUGAAAAAAACUUUUUCCACGAAAAAAUUAAAGAUGAUUCGUUUUUUUUUUUGCUUUUCCUGUAUAUUUUCGAGAGGCUGUUUCUCAGUACUCUAGUUUUCGAGUUUUCAUACCUAGGAUUAUCUAACACAGAACUUUAGGCCAGAUAUUCUCCUCAGGCACUUCCCCCAUCUGGCCUAAAGUUCUGUGUUAGAUAAUCCUAGGUAUGAAAAUUCGAAAUCUUUCUGCAUAACCUUCUCCUCUCUCCGUGGUUGUCUUACUACCAAAUUCAUAGUUUUAUUUAUCAACCCCCGAUUUUUCCUGGCCGGCUUUAUACUUAUAUAAUUCGAUUUUAGUCCUGAACUCGCUCAUCCGGUCUUUUUUUCUUACGAAAUCAACCAUUUUCAUAAAUAAUUCCAGCUCUUUCAAUCAAAUCCUAAUCAAAUAACCUUUCUGAGCUUGCAUUUUCAUUCAGAACCAGCAAAUUGUACAAAAGAAGUUAUUUCAUGUCCAUUUCAUGGUGCAUUCCCUUUUUUUUAUUCGAAAGAAACUUGUAUUUAAUUGCUUCUCUUGGGUUAUUGGCUUUUUGUGUGUAAUUGAACGGAAAACUGAGAGCCUUGAAUCGAGUUUGAAUGAGGAGUCCCAGUUUUUCUGGUUUCUUUUCUUCUAAAAAACUAUUUUCCUCAACUCGAAUUGACGUAAACUUGUUUUCUAUAAUUUAUCAAUUAUUUAUUGAUUUCCACGACAAUUGCAAUCUCUAUAUAUUUAUGGCUUGCGUGUUCGUCUUAUAUUUGUAUACUUAAUCUCAUCACAGUAAAUAUUAACUUGACCAACAGUUUUCGGGAUUUUUUAUUUGAAAAAAGCAAUAUCGAUUAUGCUACAAACUUAUUUUUGAUGCUGUCUGACAAAAAGACGGUGAAUGUAUUAAUUUUCGCGACCCGUCCUUCAAGCCGUCAAGUUAUGAAUUUUUUGCUGUUUUCUCGGGUACCGUAGUUUACUACGUCGUAAACACAGAACCACGUAGUUGCGGAGAACGCAUAUUAUUUCACGCACAACUUCUGUAGAUUUACAGAAACUUUUAUGCCACGUUUAAAGUAAUACAACUACACGUGGAAAAAUUAUUUUUCCUGCUGACAGCCACGAGACGAAAUCAUGCUCGCUUCCGCACUCAUAUCCUUCUUGGCAACAUUCUAACACGGUUUUUUUCUUCAUUUUUUUAAAAAAAUUUUUUUAUUUCUUUUUUACAUAAUUUUUUUGUUUCUUUUUUUAGUUUUACACCCUUUGAAAAGUGUCAAUUUGAGAAAUAGUACGAAUGAAAGUUUUUAGUUCUUCUUUGGACUUUCUGAACUUCAAAUAAACUCGAAUUUUUGAAAUUUCUCACAUAUUCUCAUUUCAAUCUUUUUUUCCAACGUUUGUAUCAUUUUUUGAUUUCAAUCGAAUAAUUUUCUUACAGGCGUAUUCUUUGUUUUUUUUAAACAUAGAAUGGCGGAGAAAAUAAGUUUCAAAUAAUUGUUUAUACAUGAGAAAGGAUUGAGUUAUGGUUGUUACAUUAUCAAAAUGUAGCGCGAGAACGACAGCUAGAAAUUUGCGAUGUUUCUUUAUAAUUAUGUUUCAUAAGCUCCUUUUUCUUGAUCCUUCUAAAGUUAGUUUCAAUUUUGAAAGGAAUCGAUCAAAUACGUUUGAAUUUUUGCUGUUGGAACUGUUUCGAAAUAGAAAAUUAUGACUUUCUUAGAGGAAAACAUGUCUUUUCAUGUUUCAUCAUGUCAGAAAUAAUUUGGACAAUCAUGACGUUAAAAAUGAUAUUCAAAAGAUAAACCCCCGACCAAAAAUAAUUAAAAAGGCGAGUCAGAUGUGGCCAAAAGUUUUGAUCUAAUGCCGGGAGGUCAAAGCGGCCGAGGUUCGAGAAGGAUCUCUGGAGUGGCGCGAAAGGCUCGCCGUCUCAAAAACAACCGUCAUUCUGUUUUUUCUCCGUUCUGGGCAGGGUGUUGCUGCCGCUCGUCUUAGAUUUUGAAAUUAUUAUUGUAAUUGUUGUUUUUAGACAGUUGUUUUAUUUCAAUUGUAUUGCUGGUUUUGCAUAUUUCUAAAUUUAAUGAAGUUUUGAGGCGUUGUAUUGUUUUUUUUUGAAACGAUUUAUGUAUUUUAGGAUUUUUUCAUCGAUGCUUUUAAGAUUGGGAGUUUGGAUACCUGCUGAAUUUUCUAUUGACUUUUCUCGUUGAACAUUGUUUCGCGUUUAUUUUCAUUUUGUUUAAGUUCUUUUUUGUUUCAGGCGAAGCGGACGGUUCUUCGAAGAGGCUCUUGGCGACUACUCGACGGUUCAAGAAGCUACCUAA